AUGUCAAUGACGUCACACAGGCGACAGUCUCGUUCUCAUUAUUUUUAUUUCGCAAUUUCCAGAAUAUCCUUAUAUACUUUUCGUAUUUUAAUUUAAAUUCGGUUUUAUUGAAGAGAGUGAAAUGGAUAAUCAAUACUAUUACAAAUUAAUGGCCAGUUAUCUGUCAAAACGAAACUGUGAUGAGUCUUUCAUGAGGUAUUUUUUUGGCAAAAAUGCAACAAAGAAAACGCCCGAAGAGCUGGAACGAGCAGAUGAACGAAAACGUAGGCUACAACGAGAAAGAUCACGAAGAUAUCGUGCUCUUAAGAACGCAAGGCGACAACACGAAGGUGUCCGUGACAAUGCGGACAGCGAGCCAGCGCGUAGUAAGUCCCGAGGAGUAUCCAUUGACGAGGAAUUCAGCGACGGUGAUGAACCUCCAACGCUAUGUAAUUUUACCUACGAUGACAAAUGGCGGGAACCCGUCUCAUCCGACUGCGCAUCCGAUGAUAAUUCGGCGCACAGUGCAGCUGAAUUGAAAGAGGCAGCACUCUCAGGAAAUAUAUCCCUUAAUUUAAAAGAGUUCCUUAGUUCUCCUAACAUGGAGCUAGACUACCCCACAGUGCACAGUCUUAUGUUCCACUGGCUACAAACGUAGCACUACUAUUGGUACUGAUCAUAUCAGCCGUAAAAAAUUAACUUUGGCCCAUAUCAUUCUUAUUGGAUACCAUGAAAGUUCUGGCAGUCCCAUAUUUAUAAAUAUUAGAAAAAAGUCUAGUUAGAUUACAAUAACAAUUGAGAACAUAGUUUACACAUAUCGAGGGUUGCUGCUUCUGUACAAUAAUGUAACACAUCAGUUAAGGAAACCGUCCGCCAGUAGUUUAAAGAAUAUUUUAUGUAAUUUAAUUGUUUAAUAAUUACAGGCUUUUGUGAUUUCUUGUAAAGUAUUGAAUGCUAUUAGCAUAAAAUUCUUUUUAUAUGAAAUGUUGAUUUAGGUCAUCUGAACCUGAUCAGAAACAAAUGAAUGGUUACAUAUACCAUCAUCUCUGAAUAACUCUUAUUUUGUAGUUCAUAGUAAAUUGGAUAUAUUGUAUACCAUUGUUGUGUUGAAUAGUAUAUAAUAUGUAUCUUGCCGAGUCACCAGAAAACUUAUUUGUUACAAAUGAUAUCAUUUACUGAACUUUUAGCACCCAGUGCAAAAUAAAAAUGAAUAUUGCUUAUAUAAUGAGCUCUUCUCACAAAGCUCCAAAUUUUGAGCUUACUAUGUUCUAGAAAUUAAGCUCUUCACUCGACACUAGUUGAUAAUAUUCCACUAGACAAUAAGUUGUUGUUAAGUUGCCAUAUCCUAAUGUUUAGAUACUCAAUUAUAUUACAUAUUAUAUAUGCAUAUAGAGAAGCAUAGAUUAUAUAUACCUAUAGUUUGUGAUACAAUGAAUUUACAUUUUGUGCGAAAUCUACAAUAUUAGCUGUGUUAAGAUUUAGUGUUAAGAAGAUAAGAUAAAGGCAACUUCAACUUCCGGACUGCUUGCAUCACUGAGGUGCUGCAUGCAUGACUCCUCUCACUGCCUGAUUAAAUUAAACAUACAUUCCUUGUUUUUAAACAGUCUCGUAUCUCAUAUUCAAAAUUAGUUUCUAGCAAUGACAUGUAUUAUUGGAAUAUAUACCAAGUUAUUAAAAUUAGUUGAUACAAUAUAUGACUAGUUUGAGGAGUAAGAUUCUGUUGCAUUUAAUUUAUUAAUACUCAAAUACUUUGCUCUCUUAUAUCGGUGAUAUUGAAAAUACAAGGCUUAAAAUGUUUAAUUUUUAAAUAAUCAUUAUAGAUUUUAAUUUUAUUGGCAUUUAUGAAAAAUACUCUUAAAGCGAUCAAUAACGUUGUAAUUAUUACAGAUGUGUAUGAAAUGCACUGGAUUAUGACUGAUAUUAAUGUCUUGUGUGAGAAUUUAUUGGAUGGAUAUUCAUUAUAAUAGUACCUUAUAAUGUUAAAUAUUAUAUAUAAAUUAUAGUUUUUUACCAAUAGUUACUUAUUCCAUACUCAAAUACAUAAUUAAUCUUAUAUUGAAGGUAUCCUUUGAAAGAUUUCUUUUCAUAAGAUAUGUAAUUAAUUCCAGAUUUUUUUUCCUGCAAUCAUAAUUUGCCUUCAGACAAGAAUGUAACAAUAGUGUGAGUGCCUGUUUUUAGGUAUACAUCUGCCAUAUGAGUUAGAUUAGAAUUAGUUUUAAGACUUUUAAGUACUGAAUAACAAUGUAGUUGGCGCUAUUAGUUGUAAUAUAGGAUUCUCAGAUUGUUCAGACAUUUCUGGUGCUUUAUUGAAACCAUUAGAAAAGUAAACUAUUUUCAGGAGCAACUAUAGACAUCACACAAAAGAUAUUAGAAUAUUCUUUCAAUUUGUUGUACAAAUUUUUUAGUUUCAGAUUCUGUUGUAAUACAUAAUUGUUGUUGUUUUUCCUGCAACAAAAGAUGUAUACGAAUAUUUAAUGUAUUUAUAUAUAUAUAUAUGUUUGUAUUCAUCAAUACCAUUAUAUUCAUCAAUACCAUAUAAAUGAUUUUUUUAAAUGUCUAAAUUUUUUUUGAUAAUUUUGAUAAAUGAA